UCCGCAGACUCAGGUGCGCCUCAGUCAACGCUGCGCAAAGACGCUCGUCCGCAAACGCUCUUCAUUCUUGCCGCGCCGCGCAGGACAUUAGGACCAACUACUUCUCCUUCUUCAUGGGAAAAACCUUCAUCUUAAUUUAUAGGACAAACAGGAAAAAGGAGCUUCCGCGGACCUCGUCACCACAAUGAGUUGGGGGGCCCUCUACGCCCAGCUGGGUGGCGUCAACAAGCACUCCACCAGCCUCGGGAAGAUCUGGCUCUCCGUCCUCUUCAUCUUCCGCAUCACCAUCCUGGUCCUGGCCGCCGAGAGCGUUUGGGGCGACGAGCAGUCAGACUUCACAUGCAACACGCAGCAGCCCGGUUGCAAGAACGUGUGCUACGACCACUUCUUCCCCGUCUCGCACAUCCGCAUGUGGUGCCUGCAGCUCAUCUUUGUCUCCACGCCGGCUCUGCUCGUCGCCAUGCACGUCGCGUACAGGAAGCGCGGCGACAAGAGGACCAUUCUGGCCUCCAACGGCACCGAAAACUGCGACCUGGAGACCCUGAAAAAGAGGCGUCUGCCCAUCACGGGCCCUCUUUGGUGGACCUACACCUGCAGCCUGUUCUUCCGCCUCAUCUUUGAGGGGGGCUUCAUGUACGCUCUGUACUUCGUCUACGACGGCUUCCAGAUGCCGCGGCUCGUCAAGUGUGAGCAGUGGCCCUGCCCCAACAAGGUGGACUGCUUCAUCUCCCGACCGACGGAGAAGACGGUCUUCACCAUCUUCAUGGUGGCCUCUUCGGCCAUCUGCAUGGUGCUGAACGUGGCCGAGCUGUUCUACCUCAUCUCCAAGGCGCUCCUGAGGUGCAUGGACCGGUCGAGCAAGAGGAAACACCCCUACGCCGAGAGCGCGUCGAGGGACAACAAGAAGAACGAGAGGCUGCUGUUGUCGUCCUCCACGGAUUCGUCCAGCAACAAGACCGUGUGCUGAAGAGCGACGAGAGGGAUGGACUUUUGGUCCCAUCUGUGGACCUCCAUUAGAGCCGUCUAGUGCAGGGGUGGGCAACUCCAGGCCUCGAGGGCCGGUCUCCUGCAACUUUUAGAUGUGUCUCUACUUCAACACACCUGAGUCAAUGAGGUCAUUAGCAGAAAAAAUAAAAAGAAGCGAAAUCCCUCGUUCGUCAAACAUUCAUAUAUUACAUCCAUUAUUCGGUUGAUUGAUGUCCAGCAGCAGGUUCUUUUUGUCCUCCAAACGCUGCACUUUGGAGAUGAUUCAGCAAUUUGAUUCAGCUGUGUUGGACCAGGGAGACAUCCAAUGAGUUGCAGGUCACCGGCCCUAGAGGACCAGGAUUGUCCACCCCUGGUCAAGUGGGAGACAGAGUCUGUUUUCCUGUGGGAAAGUUUUAGUUCUGCGUCUUAACCUGCAGCAGAACUCGGUGGUGUAUUUUCACGUGUGGCCUUAAAUUUUCCACUCAUGCACUGUUUUUCCUUUUUAGUUUAGUUUGAGUUCUACCUAGCCACUUACCUAGCAAGCUCACUAACAAUCAAAGCAGUUUAACAAACAUUAGUUUACAAUUUUGAAGAGUUGCUUUAAAGCCAGAAGGACUUCUUGCUCUUAAUCUCAAAGGCAUAUUUGACUUGACAUAAAAUGUGUAAUAAUUCCUUGUUUUAUAACAAUGUUUUGGCUAGAAGAACCAGCAUGAAGCUGCUCAUGAGAAGCAAAAUAUCAAUUUGUUCUCACGGAAAACCCCAGCAGAUUGCAAAAUGCCAAGCGAUACCUUGAUUAUUAUUGUUUUUACACGAGAGAUAUAUGAAGCUGUAACAAAAGCUCAAGUUUAUUGCUAUGGAGGAGAAUGAGCCUACACUGACAUCUCGUGGUGAACAAUGAGAAGAGGCGAGAACUAAAUUAAAGGGAUUUCUAUUUUUCACGGCAAUUGAUCAAAGGCGGAUUGGUGAAAAAUGUAGCUGUGUUGACUAAAUCGUCUUUUCACGUUUACGUUUUCUGUGUGUGAGAAUUUAACUGAGAAGAAUGCAGGAGUCCCACUUUAUUAAGAGACUAAAAUCAAUCAAAUGUUUUUGUUGUUUUGUUUUAUGGGGGGGGGGGGGAGAUUGUGACCAAAUACAAGACAAAAUCAGACAGCGUUUUCCUUUUAAAAAAACAUGAAAUAUAAAAAAAGGUGCAAUAAUACAGGGAGCGUUUUAAGUUAUCAGUCUGGUAUUCAAUCAAAUGUUAAUAGUGAAAGUGUGAAAAGUCUCUCUGGACGCCGCAUACAGAAUAGAGCCGUCAUGUUUCCAAUUUAAUAAACCAAAUUCAUCUUUUAGCUUUUGCCUGAUUAUAAUGUUCUUAAACUUUUAGAUUUUUUUCUUCUUCUCCAGUUUUUUUGGACGGCGUCUUACAAAACAGCUCAUUCCACUUGAACUCCUCACGUCUUGUCAUACAACCACAAACGUCAAUGUUUUUUUACUGGACUUUUAUACCAAAGCGGUGAACACAUUUUGUGGCCGUGAACAUCAAUUUUCAUAUCUUUUUCUAAAUUAUGAUUUGGCUUUCGUGGACUUUGACUGGGCCAUUUCAAACACAUGAAAAUGUAUGCUUCUUAAAUGAGUUUGUGUUGUAGUCUCAAGUUUUAAUUGAUUUCUUUCCACUAUUUCUUUCCACUAUUACCUAAACCCACAGCAUGAUACUGCCACCACCAUGCUUCACAGCUGACCGGUUUGUGGUCGUAAUGUGACAAACUGUGUGAGAAUUUAAGCGGUGUGAAUACUUUUGCAAAGUUUGCACAGAUGAAUAGUGUUUUCAGAAAUAUGUACAGUUAAAUCCUAAAUUACCCGUAACCCUGGUAGAUUUAGAUUCAAAAUAAUCUGAUCAUUUUUUCAAAUAUGAUUCUACUGACUUCUGACGCCAUUUUAAUGUUUGGGGGACCUUAAGAUGAGGGUGAUGGUAAGGAGGACAUCCAAACUCAAAGACUUGGAGUUUAUUGAAGAUCAAGCAACAAAAUAACAUGCAAAAAGUUGGCUGGCGAUUAAAUAUUUUUCCAUCGAUCACUGAGAUUAUUUUAAUAAAAUACAACUAGAAGACUGCUUUUCAUUAAACGGAUCCUCCUUAUCUGUUGUGUCAUUUCUUGUCACAAACAAAUCUCUUGGAUGAAUGGAAACAAUUUGAAAUCUAAAUCUUCCAGAAGUACGAAUUAUUUUGAUGGGCUGAGCUGCAUCUCUGCUGACAUUCAGACGAAAUUAAAUAGAGAAUCAAAGAAGUAUGUAAACUAUGUAUCAAUGUGAGUUUUGGCUCUUUGUAAUGUUUGGUUUGCCUAAGUUCAACGCUUUUUCUGAAUGGAAAUAUGCCGACAAAUGUUGCCAACUGGAUCCAUGUUUCGCUUUUAUCCACAGCUUCAGUUGCUUCUUGUAUUCACCUCAUGUACCGACGCCGCCCUGAAUCCAUCAGCCUUCAGCGUGCGUCUUACUUUAGCCGCCUCUCCGAUCACAACUCGGCCUCCCGACUGAGACAAAUCUCAAAUCCAAACAGGGCUGCGUCCGUCCAGGAAUAGACGUCACGGAUUAGUCACAUCUGUCUGUCGAAACAGGCACCCAGCCGGUGACUCUGUGAUUGCGCAAUGACCGCUAAGUGAGAUGAGCCGGCGCCAAUUAGAUGUGUAAAUUCCCCUGUUAUAGAAAGUAAAGCCGGGUGAGACGCUCAGCGUGGUUCGGUUGCGUAACAGCUCUUGCUGAUGCAGUUGUUUGGUGUUUGGAGCGACCCGCACAGUGUUGCACUCUGGGGAACUUAGAGUUGUUAAAAAAAAAAAAAAAGAAAAAAAAAUGAAUUGUAAACCCUCUCUAAAAUGACCUUUGACCUCCUGAUGUAAUUCCCCUCCCCCCCUAUUAUCCCCAUAUCACUGCAGACUUUAAAACUAACUUUGCUUCCACAGUAAUGUAAUAGUUUGAUUCUAACAGCUAUGCAACGCUAACAGAGAGAAAUGAACCAAUGAGACGCUUCAGAUUGUGAUUUUUGAAUGAGAUGUCUUGUACACUUGCACUUUGAUCCUUCAACUUGUUGUUCCCUUUGAGAAAUUUUUUAUAAAUUAGUGAAAACACAA